AUGGCCGGUGUAACGCAUCUGCAGGAAUCUGAGGGGCAUGCGAAAUAUGGUGCAACUUCUUACAAAGGCCGAAUCGGAGAGCGCCAGGGUAAGAAGGUGGCUCAUGAUGCGUGUUCAAUGUUUUUGGAGAGGCGCACCGCCCAGUCACAUCAGUCGUCAACAUCGCCCAUGUCUUCUGUCCCGGAAAGUGACUCUUGGGCCAACGCGUGCACGGGAAGUUCUCGAGCAAUGAACCUUGCCACGACUUCCUUCGAGCCUAAGCUUGUUUCUUUCCUGUAUUAUGAGGUUGGAAGAAUGACGCGUCGAAGGAUGGAGGAUGUGAAUUUCAAAAAUCUGAAGACCCCCUAUCUGCUCAAAAUCGGCCAAAAUGCGGCCAAAAAGCUGCUUAACCAUCAAUCACUGGUCAAUAUGCAACGACAUUCGGGCCCAAUCAUACAGCUAUUGAAUCCGACGGCAACUGUCGUUUGGAUGCUACGUCCUGAGGACGAUGUUAAUACGGGCUGGGGAGCCAGGAUUCAUCAGGGUGGUGGUGGUGGUGGUGGUGGUGAAGAAGACGGGAGAGAGAGGAGGAGGAGGAGGAGGAGGAGGAGGAGGAAGUGGAUCGUGGUGAAGGGGGCGGACAACCACGGCAGGAUGACACAGGACGACACCCGCCCCCAAGGACGAGAAAGCGACGCCAGCCCUCUCCACCAGUGGAGGAGAACCUCCGACGACUCAGAUAGAGUUUCUCAAGCUUGCUCGACACUGCGAGGCUACGUCGUCAAGAAGUUCUAUAAUGUUGUCACGAACUUCUUUCACUUCCAGGAGCGCUCGGAAUACAUUAACUUCUCGCCUGAUUCGAUAACGAUAACGCGUAUCCCCCCACUUCCCUCUGUAGCUGUUCGACUCCCGCUCCCUAUGUUCGUCCGUCGAGCGUGGGCAACAUCGAAAUGCUCUCCUUUCCGUUCAAGGCGUGGUCAAUUGUGGUAG